CGCGCUCCCGACCCACCAUGCCGAGGGGCUUCCUGGUGAAGCGAACCAAGCGCUCGGGCAGCUCCUACCGCUCGCGCCCGGCCGAACCGCUCUUCCCCCCGCCGGCUCCCGGCGCUGCAUCGCCCUCCCCCGAGGAGCCCGGCCGGGGGCUGUCGGGAUCACCCUGCCCCGUGCCCGCGCGGGACGGUGCCGAGUGGGGCGCGGGUGGCGGAGACGGCCCGGGACCCAGCCCCGCGAGACCGGCGGGCCCCGAGCUGCGCCGCGCGUUCCUGGAGCGCUGCCUGCGCUCGCCAGUCUCCGCCGAGUCCUUCCCCGGCGCCACCGCCUUCUGCUCCGCGGCGCCCGCGGCCGCGACCUCGGGGGAGCAGUUGGGGCCGCCUCGGGUCGCUGUCCCCGGCUCCGUCCCCGCACCCGCGCCCACCCCGCACAACCUCCAACGCCGCGUCAAGGGCGCCCUGGGCAGCGCGUCGGCACCGGCGGCCGUCAGGAAGCCUAAGGCGGUGAGGAGGCUGAGUUUCGCAGACGAGGUGACCACGUCCCCGGUGCUCGGUCUAAAGAUCAAGGAGGAGGAGCCCGGGGCGCCGGUGCGGGCUCUGGGAGGCGUCCGCACGCCGCUGGGGGAGUUCAUCUGCCAGCUGUGCAAGCAGCAGUACGCGGACCCCUUCGCGCUGGCUCAGCACCGCUGCUCCCGCAUCGUGCGCGUCGAGUACCGCUGCCCCGAGUGUGACAAGGUCUUCAGCUGCCCCGCGAACCUCGCCUCCCAUCGCCGAUGGCACAAGCCACGUCCCGCGCCCUCCUGCGCCGCGAGUAAACCUCCCUCCGCGUCGUUGACCCCUCCGGACCCUUCCCUGGCGGCGGGCAAAGAGAACGGCCGCAUGCCGCGGACCGACGAUCAGCACCCGCAGACCCGGGACAGCUCCGGGAACGGUCAGCACCGGGACAGCGCCACUCGCACAGGCCUGCCGGCGCUGGUGCACCCGGAGGCAGCACGACCUCAGGCCCCCUACCCCGAGGUGAUGCUAGGGCGCCGCGGUCUUGGGCCAGGCAGUGCCAGCGCGGGGGCGACAUCCGAGGUCUUCAUGUGCCCGUAUUGCCACAAAAAGUUUCGUCGCCAAGCCUAUCUGCGAAAGCACCUAGGCACCCAUGAGGCGGGCCCGGCCCGUGCACCAGCCCCGGGCUUCAGCUCGGAGUGCACAGCCCCUUUGGCCUUUGCGUGCCCGCUUUGCGGGGCGCACUUCCCGUCCGCGGAUAUUCGAGAGAAGCACCGGCUAUGGCACGCUGUCCGCGAGGAGCUGCUAUUGCCCGCCUUGGUCGGGGCUUCUUCGGAAGCGGGGCCCGGAGGGGCAUCCGACGGCAGCACUCAGCAGAUUUUCUCAUGCAAGUACUGUCCAUCCACUUUUUUUAGCUCCCCGGGCUUGACCCGGCACAUCAAUAAGUGUCACCCCUCAGAAAGCCGGCAAGUGCUGCUGCUGCAGAUGCCGCUGCGGCCUGGCUGCUGAGGGACCGAGGCCUGGCGAGAUUUCGAGAAUGGCUUGGAGAAAACAAUAUGGGAACUCCUGUGGGGCUUUCUUCACUUUGCAAUUUCCUUUCCCAUGCUUUCCCCUCUUAAAACUCUCACAGUCAUGAUCCGCCUGGAGAGAAGGCAGCGAGAUGUAAAACCCCCUCUCUAGAGCAGGUAUGUAUGUCCUAAAAUUCAUGGUCAAAGUUAACAGCUUUAAGCCCUCAUUUCUCCACCGAAAUAGGAUGUUCCCUUCCUUAAAACGCUGGAGACCCCAAUGAAUCCUGUAUGGUUUGUAGUUCCUAUGGAAAGUCGCAGUGAACGCGUGCAAGUCUCAGUGUGUACACAAGGUCCUACAUAAAGUGGUAUUCACCAAUGUUUUUUCCCUCGCCACCACAGGCACUUACGUCGUUUCUGUCUCAAUAGGGUCAGAUCUCUUGUCUUGUAUAUUCUGUGAAUCAAGCUAUGUGACUGAUGCCAAACCUGCAGGGAAGGACGGCUUAGACCCUUGUAGAUGGACAGGAAUAUACGAGGAUAUUGCUGUCUGAUGUGGUAAUAUCCCUGGAACUUUCUUUCCUCAAUUGAAUGUAUUAGUCCCUUCUUUUAAAUUAGGUUUUGGAGGUGAGGAAGGCGCUGCUUAAUGGGAAGGAGUUGGUGUGCCCUCUGAAUUCUUAAUCCUAUUUUAUGUGCUGCAUCCAGGAGGAGGUACUUAAAUUUUUCUUUAUAUAACCUUUUUUUCUUUAAAAAAAAACUAUACUCAUCCCUAAAGUUUGAAUGUUUUAGAAAGAGUCCAUUCAAAUUAUGUAACGAUUAUGCUGUAAAUCUGCUGUAUCGUAAACUGUUCACCUUAAGGAAGAUGGUCAUACCAGUAAUCCACCAUGAACUGAAUGUUAAUUCAUUCAAUAUUCGGUAUUUUCUUUUCAGGAGCAAUGUUUGAAUUUUUUUGUAAAUCAUAUUCAAUGUAUAUUCUGUAUCUAUUCCCUCAAUAGCCAGAGUCUGGGACACUGGCUGAGCACUGUCUGACAAUAGAUUUGUAAGCUGCUUCUGCCAAAUAAAAGUACGUAGACUGUG